UUAUACGAUUUUUUUUUUUGGACGUGUGUCUCACUCACAUGCUUGCGCUCUUUUAGUACUAGGUACGCUCAUCUUAAAUCUUACAACAAAUAAGCACAAUUUAUAUAAAAAUGCUUCCGCUAAGUAGUCAGUUGUUGGCGAUACAUCAGUGUAAUAAGUUCUUACUCGGUAAGGGCACAGCCGUUGUAGUAGCAACAUACAAAAUUGUAACAAAUUUCAAGUCAAACGAGUAUAGUGUAAUAAGAAAAUACACGUACGCCACCGCCGCCACCAACAACAACAAAUCCACUUCGUCAACAUUGUCCUUGAACAAUUACUUCCCACUUCAACAAAAACAAAUAACAAACAUACAGCCGCUGACCGCACGUUCAAUACAAACAACAACAAUAAAAAUGUCAAAUAAUGAUGAUAUAAAAAUACGUAACUACUAUAAUGUUGCAUUAGAAUUGGUUAUGAAAUGUGGUCCACUCGUACGUGAAGGUUAUAGCACAGCCGAUGCAGAUUAUAAACAAAAAUCGGCAUUUUUCGAUUUAGUAACUGAAUAUGAUAAACAAAUUGAAGAUGUGCUGGUAGAGGGUUUGCAGGCGGCAUUUCCAGAAACGAAAUUUAUCGGCGAGGAAACUGCAGCGGCGACUGGAAAAAUACCCGAGUUGACUGAUGCACCCACUUGGAUCAUUGAUCCCAUAGAUGGCACCAACAAUUUCAUACACCGCAUACCGCAUUGGUGCAUAUCAGUGGGUUUGGCCAUUAAUCGGGAGUUGGUUGUGGGUAUAAUAUAUAAUCCGACUGCAAAUGAAAUGUAUUCGGCAUGGAAGGGUCAUGGCGCCUAUUUGAAUGGUCAACGUAUACAUGUGAGGAAAUGCACCGAAAUGAACGAUGCCGUUUUAGCAUACGAAAUUUCACUCAUACACGCAGCUGCAGUACGUGAUAAGAAUGUGAAACGGUUGUCAAAACUCGCCGCACAAGCCGCAGGCACACGUUGCAUUGGCAGUGGCGCAUUGACACUCUGCUAUGUUGCACGCGGCAGUUUUGAUUGCUAUCAUGUUGAAGAUCUACAAUCUUGGGAUAUAGCUGCUGGUGCAGUGAUUUUACGUGAAGCCGGUGGUGUGCUCUGGCACACCAAAGGUGGUGAAUUUGAUAUUAUGAAACCCAAUUUGAUAGCCGCAGCUACGCCAGAAUUGGCAAAAAUCAUGGUGGGCUUAAUUGAGGAGGCUGACACACUCACACAUUUCACAUUUAAAUAAUUUCUUUGUAACAAUGAUUGUUUUUAAUUUUUAAAAAUUUCAUGUAUAGAAUAGUUAAUAAAUAAAUACUUUAAAAACUUA